AUGACGUCCUCGCAAGUUUCUCUACUACUCAAAAAGAUACUCAGAUGCUCUCACAAUCCUCAAAAACCACUAGGCCAAACUCUAAUGAUUUCGUUGACAAUUGAACCCUCUCUAUUCUCUAUGAAUCAAGCCAACAUUUCGAGUAGGCAUGAUGAGGAUAAUCGUUCUUCAGCAAGUGACGUACUUCAAACAUUCCGACAGAGUAGCCAACAUGACGGCCGCAUACUGCCACCACCAAUCUCCUAUGUUCCAAACUAUCAUGGUGCACUACACAUGAGAGCUUCUCAUGCAUACAAACUCAUUGACAACAGUGACGACCUUCGUGCUUUCCCUAUCAAGCUACACGCAUGCCUUGACGACGCCGAAUCAAGAGGUUUCCAUCACAUCAUUUCAUGGCAAAAGCAUAGCCUCUUCAAAAUCAAGGAUGUUGACGCUUUUGAACAGCACAUCAUGCCACAAUACUUCAGAUCUCAAACCAAGUACAAGUCGUUUCAGCGCCAACUAAACCUCUAUGAAUUUGAACGGGUACCAAAGGGCCCAUUCCGAGGAUCGUACAUGCAUCCAUUUUUCAAACGUGGUCAACAUGAACUGUCCAACAGAAUGAGGUUGCGAAAAAUCAAGGGCAGAAACUCAGUAAGCUUUGAAUCACCGAAAAUUGCAAGGACGGCACGGAAAGUCGCAAAGCCUUUAGAAGAGACCAAGGAGGAGGAGUCCACCGCGAAAGAGAAUCCUCAGGCUAUGCCUCCACCAUCAAAACCUCAAGAAGCAGCAACAAGAAGUCAAACACAAAGAGUCCCAGAUGCUCGACGACCAAGGAAUCGGCCUAGACCGCAAUGCACAUUUGAAGGUCGAAAGUUCUUUCCAAUCUAG